AUGCAGAAAAUAUAUGGAAAGAUAGAAACUGGUGGUGAGUUCACUGAUAAGAAGAGAUUAUCAGACAGAGCUAAGAGGAAUCUAAAGCUUGAUGAUGCAGCAGUGGCAAGUUAUAAUGUUGCUCGUUGUUACUCUAAGCUAAACCAGCUGUAUAUGUUUGUUCAUUUUACAAAUGGAAUCGUGUUCAUGGCGUUGACAUUGUUUCCAAAACAGUUGAUGGUUGGACCGGUUAUGACUGAAUUGAUUUGGAAUGAGAUUCUUGGUUUUGGUGCUGCAUGUUACUUGGACUUGUGUGGACAUAUGUUUGUUGCACCACCUGCUGCAACUUUCUGA